UUUAAAGUGUUGUACCUCAAAAAUGACGUAAUUUCCUCCAGGUGGUAAAUAAAGGGAAGCUAAUCUUUUUGCUGUGAAAAUGAGUUUAUUUUUGCCCAGAUUAACUUGCAAAAAAGACAUAGAUGAAAUUAUAAAAGGGGUAGCAGAAAAGGUCGUAGUUCUGAGAUUUGGAAGAGACGAAGACCCAGUAUGCCUCCAGCUUGAUGAUAUUUUGUCAAAAACUGCUCACGACCUAAGUAACAUGGCUUCCAUCUACAUUGUCGAUGCCGAUAAAGCUCCUAUCUACACAAGAUACUUUGACAUCAGUUACAUCCCCUCCACUGUUUUCUUUUUCAACGGACAGCACAUGAAAGUGGAUUAUGGCUCCCCAGAUCAUACCAAGUUUGUUGGCAGUUUCAAGACCAAGCAAGAUUUCAUGGAUCUGAUUGAGGUCAUAUAUCGAGGAGCCAUGCGGGGGAAGUUGAUUGUCCAGAGCCCCAUAGAUCCCCAACAUAUCCCCAAAUAUGAUCUCCUCUAUCAUGGAAUUUAGACUCAACACCUCCACUAUGCAGACAUUCUGUGUGAUUAUAGUGAUUUCUGACUGAGUGGCAUCAGUCACUACUGAUUAAUUAACUGACAAAAAUGGCUUUAACUUUCAGGCACAAGGCAACAGUCUGAAGACGUUUUAAGAUAAAGUGUCUCACAUUAAAUAGCUUGAUUUAAAAAGUUCAUUUUGCACUGGAAGGCACAUUAUAAACAGUGCAUUGCUCUUUAUUUCUUCUCCUUUCGUAAUGUUUAAAGGUUCCCGAGGACUUUUUGGCCACUAUUAUUACAAUGGAGCGAUGCUUUUCUGUGUGAGUCCUGCCUGUUUUGUUAGCUCUUGUGCAUGUGCACAAGAGCCCAUGCAUGUGUGUCACAAUAAACACUCCAGCCAGUGGUUUCACACUAUUGAUCAACAGGUGAUAUGUCACGAAAUGCAUGUGAGGGCACUGUGAGACAGUGAAAGGCUGUAAACUACUAAAGAUGGAUGUAAACAGUAAAUGUUUUAAAUUUACAAAAAAAAAAAAAAAAAACUUUUUGCAAAUGUUUUACACGGAAGGACAAAAAGGAGCAUGUUACACACAAUUUCUCUUGGUGAACCUUUGUUUACAAAAAUCACCAUUAAAGAACGUGUAUACAAGAACGCUGUUUCCAAACUAGCUGUUCAGAACUACAGCUAGUAUCAGGGGUCUGAUAGGUUUGAAUUUUUUUUUAAUAAAACUUAAGACAGUCUUUGUUAGGAUAUGGAAAAUACACACAGUGUAAUGGGAUUUCUUAAAUUUUCUUAACAGCAGGGCAUUUUUAUUUUUACAGUUGUCUCCAUUCAUGUUUAAUGGACAGGUUGUAACUCUUGAUAAAUUGGCUUAUCUAAGUGUAUUAUUUUAUUUCUUCAUUGUGAAAAUGUGCUAUUUUGAUAUCCCCAUUGGAAAACUUCUGUUUACUGGCCUAUACAGUUAAUCCAGUGUAUAUACUC